ACCAUUUUAUCUCUAUAGAAAAAGCAGAAAUGAGACAUCUUAAAGAAGAAAAAGUACCAAGAAAAGAAAGUCUUCAAUUACACAAUGUGACAAAAGUAGAAAAACCCACAAGAGUAUCAAGAGAAGAUUCUGAAGAUGUACCAACUUCAAAGAAAGCUAAAGAAGAAGCUGAAGAUGUAUCUUCCACAAAGAAGCAGAAAACCCCCAUCAGCUUCUUCCAGUGUGUCUACUUGGAUGGAUACAAUGGCUACGGAUUUCAGUUUCCCGUCACUCCUGUGCACCACCCUGGAGAGAGCUCUGGCCAACCAAAUUCUCCAGGACAGAAGCAGCAACGACAAUAAGACCCAUAUGCACAGCCCUUGCAAAUCGCUUUAGAACUUUGAAAAUAGGAUCUUUUGUUUGUCUACAAUGACACAGGCAAUUGAAAUCAUGUAGUCCAGGGGAUUUGUUUGAAAAUAGUUUACUCUUCUGCCUGGUGUAGAAAGGGUGAGCAAAGAGACUGAAUGAUAAGCAGGCAAGUUGGAGGGUCUGGGGCUCAAGAAUCUGUCAUUUGUUUGUUGCUGGGUGUGGGUGCUUAUAUUUUUCUAUUUCCAGUCACUUUAAGGUUGUUCACAAGCUAAUUUAAAUUUUGCUUAAUAAUGAUCUUUUAAACAUAAUUGGCACAAUUACAAAAUGAAAUUUCUGGCUUCAGUUAGAUAUUUACUUUUAAGUGAAAACACAGACUAUACUUUAAGUUUAAAGGCUUUAGUAGCUUAUACAAAAGCUGCUCUUUUGCAUCAUGUAGGUAUCUAAACUCAAUUUACCCAAUAUGUUGAUAUUCAAUAGUUUAAUUUUAUUUCUGUAUAUAUAUAUCUAUUUCAGUUGUGACUCUUCUCUAAAAAUGGGUAACAGUUUCACCAAAGAAUGUUAUAAGUUCUUUGUGAUGCUCUUUUGGAGCUCAAAAUAUCUCUGAACUUCAGACAUAAUAAGAUGGAGUGGAAAGGCUUGAUGAAUCUUAUCCCUAAGAUUUGUCUUGAAUUACAAUUAGGAAAUUCACUCCAGUGGAAAUAGGCCAUCCAAUUAGGCAAGUCUGGUGAAUCAUUUGUUUAAAUAUAAGCAAAUGAGAUGUAGACUAGCCAGAUUUCUCCAGACUGUGCCCUAGUAAAAUGUCACCUGGGUGAAAUUUUAAAUCCGUCACCAAAUUUGGGUGACAGAUGCAAGAGGAUUUUCAUUUCACUUUAAUAGGAUCAUUCUAUGGAGUUAAAUAGGUUUAUUGCUCAAAACAAAAAAAAUAUGAAUGUCAUCGAAGUUGAAGGAACACAUUUUAACCAUUAAGUUCGCCGUGAGAUAUCUUACUUGUUUUUUAGGUAAUUAGUUACCAGUGCUAAUGAAAUGAAUAACAAUCUUUAACUUAUUUGAUGAUGCAUCACUGGGGAAAACAACUCUACUUUUGCCAUCCUUUGUCUCUCGGUGAUAUAAACACUUAUGCUUUUUAACUACAUUUUUCUAUCAACAAUAAAAGUCAUGCCAGGGAAUUCCCUGGCAGUUACAGUGGUUAGGAUUCCGCACUUCCACUGCUGGGAGCACAGGUUUGAUUCCUGGUUAGGGAACUAAGAUCCUGCAUGUCACGUGGUACAGUCUAAAUAAAUAAAUGAAUAAAUGUCAUGCCACUGUGACGUUUAUUAUGUUUACAGUAGCAAUUUAACUUAUGACACAUUAACUCAGGAAGUAAACUGAAUUACUCUUUCUGGCUUUUUAAUCAUCUUCAGCAAAGUCUGAAGGAGCCAGAGCCAAUACUAGCCAAGUGAUUUAUUUUUAAGGACUGCAAAUAAGUUCUUUAGGUCCAAGAUGUAGAACACUGUUUCAUUGGAAUAUCAUUAGGCUAGGGCAUCAGUAACAUGUUAAUUACUAAUAACGAAUUUUCAGUGACUUUUGUGAAAAGUUAGCCUUGGCCACAGGCUGGUGGACCUAACUUACACCACAAAAGCCAAUGAUAUGAUGAACCAAGAUUAAUGCCACUCCAUAUGGAGGGCUGCCUGGAAGUGUGUAACUUCAGUACCAAUCAGAUGGUACCAUCUUAUAAAGCCUCUUCUUUUAACAGUGAAAACUUGUGGGUAGGACAGUGGAUGAAGUUUAGUGCUCAAUUACUCCUCCAGCUUGUCCAAUUUAAUGACUAAAGGGAUAGAGAGAAAGUAUAAUGGUUUUCUCAAUUUCAUAGAAAAGAGUGGUUUAUCUUUUCAUUCAAUGACUGUUGAGCACUUACUCUUUCUAAAGGCACUGUGUUAGGCACUGGGCCGUAUAAGAAAAAUACCAGAGAUAAUUCUGUUCCCAGUGCUAUCCUGACACAAUAUGUGGCCUUGGAAAAUUUGCUAAACAUACUGAGCUUAUUUUUCCCGUGUGUAAAAUAGGGAUUUCUGGGCAAACAACCUUAUACCUCACAGAGUACCGUGGAGACUGACAAAAUAUCUUCAUAUGGACAUGAUAAAAAAAUGUCUAAUUAAAAUGACGCUUUUGAAUGUGGUACUACUUGUUCCUCUGAGUGCUUUUCUACAUUAUAUCAUGGUCUCUUUCAUUCUCAUCAUGAAAACUAUUUGAUGAAAAAUAAAAUAUGACAGCUCCUUGUAAUUAGACAAAUCAAUUAUGCUGUAAACAAUAUUAACAAUGUUGUUACGGUGUAUCUGCUUGAAGUUACAAUAAAAUAGCACAUGAAAAUUGUUAACUAAAUUCUCAUCUGUUCAUACAGUUCCAUCAAAUAAAGUAUUUCUUGUCCUUUCA